GCUGCGUUUGAACGUUAGUAAUAUGCAGUUUUGGUAUACCGUGUAACUUGUUAUGUUGCAUGUAAGUUGCUCGUUGCUGUGAAUAAGGAGGUACUCUUAUCGUUGUUGCUGCUAAGGCCUUGCGAAUUAUUUUAACAUAGUCAGUUAGCUGAUACUGAUAGGCAACCGGUAUAUAUCAUAACGCGUUUUAAAACAAUAUUUAUUAUUUCACUCCAUUAUUUAUAUGCCAGGUAGCGUAGAGACAGUGACUGUAACUGACAUGACCACUGAUCUUAAGGAAAUAUUGCAGUUGAAGUUACAAACUAUAGCAGGUCGACCAUACAAUGAAACGGAACCGAUUAUUACAGAAAUAUUAACGCUGAUGUCUGCAUCGUCUUGUCAUUCAAGCCUUAGACAACUUGGUGAUGAUCUUCCCUUGUCUUUGUUGUUUGAUGUAGCAUUUUCUAUACCUAAUCCCAGUCAACAGAAUUGUCAGUAUCUGGAACUACUUACAAAACUGCUGUCUUACACAAUACCGGACAUACUAGUAACAAGAUUUUAUAAUGAGCUGAUUAGGUGCCUCCGUCACUCUCAUCCAGAAGUAAAGAAUGUAGCCUUGUCACAGCUUGCCCGAUGUUCAGAAGACCCCUCUGCAGCCACUGAGAUGAUGUCCAAAACAGAGCUUCUGACUUGUAUAACUGAAUGUCUUGCUAUUGAAGACAUUAAUAUAGCUCAAAAUGCUUGCACCAUACUAAAAAACCUUGGAAAAGACAUUCAGGUUCUCUGUGUGUUGAUUUCACAACCAGUCAUGGAUGCCAUCAAUGGUGUAAUUCAACAAGGGGACAUACCUCGAUUUAGAAUGUUAGAGCUUCUGGUGAUACUGGCAUGUUCGUCAUAUGAAGCUCUGCUCAUUAUAAGCAGAAGUGCCUUCCUGGACGUGCUCCUCAAUGAAUUGAAUGGAACUGAUAUUCUUGUCAAGUUGAAUUGUUUGGAGCUUCUUUCUCAACUGGUUGAAACUAAACAUGGACUUCUGUAUUUAGAAGAAAUGGGUGUUCUUUUAAAGAUGAAGAAUAUUUUACUUAAUCAAGCAGAAGAUCCUUUGGGAGAUUUUCUGACACCAGGUUAGUUG